AUGCAGGUGUUAGCAGAGUCGUCCGAAGAGGGUAUGGCGUGCGAAGCGUUAUUCAAUGAUACACUCAAUGAUUGCUGCGACAGUAAGUUCCUGUUCGACGACAGUUCAGAGUCUACAAAGUGCAAAAACUCUAAAGAUGAAGAAGAGUUGUCGUGCGACGACUACAAAUGCCUUUUGGAAGAGGACGAUCUGUUAGUUGGCGAAAAAAUCAGCGAAGGCAACGUGAACAAAAUGCUCGACAAGUGGGAAAACGAGUACCCGAAGGAGAAGCCGAUGAUAGACAGGGCGCGAAGCGAAUGUUUAGGCGGGAAAUAUCUGGAGUACAUCAACGAAGAAAAUUGCGUCCCACUAAAAUUCUACACUUGCUUGUAUAUAAACUCCAUCAUAGAGUGCCAAACAUGGAAAACCGAUGUCCAAUGCAGGAAAAUGAAGGAAUACGCCUUAAUGUGCAAAACACUACAAGACAGCAAA